AUGACGGGAUCUUCAAAUUCCGGUGCCGCGAAUAUUCAAUCCCCUUCACCUCCAUUACCACCACCUUCGUCGAUGGCUCCAUCGUUGCCACCGAUUGGUCAAUCGCAAAUAAAUAAUUCUUCACCGGUCUAUUCUCAACAAUCUUCAGCUGGUGGUAGUGAGAGACUUCCAACAUUUGCGCAAUCAUUCGCGCACCCAUAUCAUUCUACAAACAAUUAUGAAUUCACGAGUAGUAAUAGACUACCUGCUCCUUUAUUAACUACUCCUCGUCAUCAUGCGCAGCCACUGUCAUCAGCUUUUGAAUAUCAACCAACUGUUAGCAGUGGUAUCUGA